AGAUUAUGUAUAAAUGCAGUGAUCUUUCAAAUCCAGUCUGGUCGUAGGAAGGUUUGAGUCAGCCACGAUGAUUGGCCUGAUUGUUGUCACACUUCUGGGCGCAGCAGCUGCAGCACCUACGGAUGACAGGAUUGUGGGUGGCUACCAGUGUCCAGCCCACUCUCAACCCUGGCAGGUGUCUCUCAAUGUCGGCUACCACUUUUGCGGCGGCUCCCUCAUCAACGAACAGUGGAUCAUCUCUGCUGCCCACUGCUGGCAAAACCCCCCGACACAGAUUGCUGUCUUGGGAGACAACCACAUCUGGCAGAACGAGGGCACAGAGCAGUACAUGUCAGUUGAUGUCAUCUACUGGCAUCAGAGUUAUGACUACAAGACCCUAGACUACGACAUCAUGCUGAUGAAGCUGGCGCACCCUGUCACUGUGAACCAGUACGUCAAGCCUGUAGCCCUGCCCAAAGCCUGCCCCACACCCGGGGACAUGUGCACGGUGUCUGGAUGGGGGAACAUCUACACUGAUCAAGUGUUCAACCCGUUUUACCUGCAGUGUGUGGAAGUCCCAAUUCUGUCUUACAAGGAGUGUGAUGGUUCCUACCCCGGCAAGAUCACUGACCGCAUGGUGUGUGCUGGAUACCUGGAGGGAGGAAAGGAUUCUUGUCAGGGUGACUCUGGUGGUCCUCUGGUGUGUAACGGGGAGCUGCAGGGUAUUGUCUCGUGGGGCCAGGGCUGUGCUCAACCCAACUACCCGGGUGUUUACACCAAAGUGUGCUCUCUGAUGCCUUGGAUCAAUGAUAUUCUCUCCACAUACUCCUAGGCUGUGAUUUUCUAUCGCAGAACUACAGUAGGUGAGAGACAGGAAACCAGAGGGAGAUUGAAAUUGAAGGAGACGGAGACAGGAGACAGUGGUGGGUAGUGUCAAGAAGAAAAGCAGCGGGAGAGCAACUGAAAAAGAGGGACACAAGUACAAACAGUGAGAGAGAGAGAGAGAGAGAGAGAGAGA